UAAAAAACAUAAACAAACCAAAAGACAAACAAAUACAACGACUAAAUGACGUCGACGCCAACGCCGACGCCGAAGCUAAUGGCGGUCGACGACUGUCUGUAUGAUCAACAAAGCGAACACGCAACGCAACAAAUACAUACACACAUAUCAAUUUCGCGUCGCUGUUUACGUUGACUGUGCAGUCGACGUUGUGCAGCGAAAGCGUUUGGAGUCAAUAUUGCCGUUGGUUGGUUGUAGACUGAGCUUUGAAGAAUGAAAGAACCGGCAAAAGGCAGACGCUUGCGCCAGCAGAGGCAGCGUUAGCGAACGUCACGUCUGAGAACUUUGUAGCAACAAAAAAUGCUUAACUGAGCACAACAGCAAUGCUCACGUGCAUAUUUACAUACAUACAUACGAGUACAUAUGUAUACAGCAAUGUGAUAUUUUAUUGUAUGCGUGCAUGUGUGUGGCUGCCACAGCCAACUCGCUGCCGCUUGGUCAAUUCACUUCAGCACUUUACAUGGAAGCUCCUCAGCUCAGUCAGUCAUUCAGUCAGACAGUUUUCAUUUGAGUUCAGUGGCGUUCGGUUCGCUUCAGUCGCAAACAUUCACAGCGGUGUUAGGCCUAGGCAUUUGUCGCUUCGCUUAGUAAAAAUGCCCUCAACGUGAAAAUAGAAAUAAAAAGGAAAUUAAAUUCAUAAAAAGUGCAAAAUUUAAACGCAAAAAAAAACUUGCGCUUGCAAAAGUCUUCAACUGGAGCAGUGUAAAAAUCGAAAAGACAACAAAGAAAGCGUGCGCGCUGUGCAGAGCACAAUAAUUAAAGAGCGGGCACAGCCUGCAGCUAGUUUCUGUGAGCUCAUUAAAAAUUAUAUAAAAGCAUAAAGAAAAGUAAGAACUUUUAAGUGAAAAAUAGCAAACAGCAAAGUAUUUCGCUUAAUAGAAAAGAGAACAAAAACCCAAAGUGUGACAGCAGCAGUUGAGGCCAAAGGCAAAACAGGAACAGAUAAAAAGACGAAAAGACGAAAAGACCCGACGCCACAAUGCGCCUGCUAAGACUGUCACAAACGGCAGGCAAUGCCGACGAUGUGGCUGGAGCGCAGCUGACGCGUGACAUCAUUAUUGCGAGUCCCCUCGACCAACAGCAACAACAACCGCAUCAGCAGCAGCAACAGCAGCACCAGCACCCGUACCAUAAUAUCAGCGCCAUGCAUAUCGUGGAUGUGCAACAACUGAAAAUGGCCAAGAGCAAGGCGGCCAACAAAAACAACGCGCCAACUACGACAACGGGUUGCAGCAAUCGUCGGCGUAAACAACAUAAGACCAAAACUGCACAGCAGUUGCACGACGACGGCAGGGAGCUAAGCCAAUAUAACUACAACAACAAGCCACAACUGCAGCAAGAGCAAGAGCACCAUAGGAGCACGACAACGACAACAACAACAACAACAGGAACAGCAACCGGUCUGAUGGUAAAAUCAAGGUCGCUGGAACGUUACACCAAGCCGCCGCAUGCAACACUAUUAGCCAUGGAGCAAGAAGCCGCAUACACGCCAACACUCAACACCUCGCCCCGCCGACGCUUCCUCUCACCAUUUAAAUCCCUAAAGAGACGUAGCCGCAGCAGCAGCAGCAGCGGUGGCGGCAGUAGUCGUUGUGAUUCACGUGACGUCGCUGUCGCCGCUAUGCUCGCCAUCCAGCGAGAACAAGACCAACCAGAGCAACGUAGCGUCGAACAAUUCGCCACCGCACAAACCUUGUUGCAGCAACAUGCCGCCAAGCGGUCACAACAUUUGCACUCGACUAGCUCGCAGAGCGGCGACAGCGGCACUGGAGGCACAGAACUGGAAAUGGAACUGCAAGACUGCAGUCGCACCUCAGCGGCGGCGAGCAGUCAGCUCAGUCUCAGUUUCUCGCAGCUGAGCAGUGGCGCGGACGGUGACGGUGAAGUAGACGACGACAGUAGCAGCGAUGUGGUGGCAAAUGUGAAUGCGAAUGUGAACGUGCGUGAAGAGCAGCAGGUUGCAGCGCAGUCAUUGACGUGUAAACGACGUUCCUCGACAGAAAAUCAAACUGUGCAACAUGUUGCAAAUGUAGUGGUGCAACAAACGGAGUCACCUAUUAUAUUAACUGAAAAGCUAGUGGUUGCUUAUAAUGAUGAUAAUGGCAAUAAUGAUGAUAUGGCUGACGAAACGAGCAAUUUCGGCGUCACUGUUGACGAUUUGGAUGCUUCGUUUGCCGAGGAGUCUCUAUAUACGAUCGGCAAUAUAACGCUCGUCGAUGACACAUACUCAAAUUAUGAUCCGAAGAAUGAUGCCGAGCGCAUGUUCCUACAGGUGGUGGGCAUAUUGCGUGAUGAAAAUGAGAAAAUGCGUCAAUUCCAAAAAACGCUGGAGGACCUCACCUCACGUGUCGCCUCUGCUGAAGCCACAAAGACAUCAUGGCAGACACCGGCCUCCGCACAGGAAGCCACAGAACAAAUGCAACACCUGCAGCGUUUGCGCGACAAAAUGACCACCGCCGGUGCUUUGUUGGACGACUGCAAUGAACAGCAGGCGUUCUUCACCGCCAAUCAAGUUUUGGUGCCCGCUGUUUGUCUGUCAAGGCUAGAAGAUUUGAACACAAGAAUGAAACUUUUACAAAUCGCCAUGGAUGAACGACAAAAGACACUAUGCAAUGCUGGUGCUAAUCAGGCUUUGGAAAAUGGUGAUGAUGGACGCACAACAUCGAAUAGUGGCACAAUUGGGCCAUUACCAAAUCUGGGUCAAAGCGUAAAACCACCCUGGGAACGUGCAACGACAGCUGCCAAUGUGCCUUACUACAUAGAUCACGAACGCGAAACCACCCACUGGGAUCAUCCGGAAAUGAUUGAAUUGAUGAAGAGCUUGGCUGACCUUAACGAAAUACGAUUCUCCGCCUAUCGUACAGCAAUGAAGCUGCGCGCCGUACAAAAGCGUUUGGCGCUCGAUCGCAUACCCAUGUCCACUGCCAUCGAAUCCUUCGAUCGACAUGCUUUACGCGCACAAAACGACAAGCUCAUCGAUAUACCCGAUAUGACGACCGUCUUGCAUUCGCUCUAUGUGACAAUCGAUAAAAUUGAUUUGACUUUAAUGUUGGAUUUAGCCAUAAACUGGAUAUUGAAUGUUUACGACUCACAGCGUACCGGACAGAUACGCGUGCUGAGCUUUAAGGUUGGCUUGAUUUUGCUUUGCAAAGGUCAUCUUGAGGAGAAAUAUCGUUAUCUCUUCCGUUUGAUUGCCGAUCCAGAACGGAAAGUGGAUCAAAGAAAAUUGGGUUUGCUGCUGCACGAUUGCAUACAGGUACCGCGCCAAUUGGGCGAAGUUGCCGCCUUUGGUGGCUCAAAUAUAGAGCCCUCUGUGCGUUCUUGCCUCGAGCGUGCCGGCAUCUCACAGGAAGCCAUUGAUGCCAAUCAGGAAAUUGCCAUUGAACAAUCACACUUCCUUGGCUGGUUGCAACAUGAGCCGCAGAGUUUAGUCUGGAUGCCGGUGCUACAUCGUCUGGCAGCUGCCGAAACGGCCAAACAUCAGGCGAAAUGUAACAUUUGCAAGGAGUAUCCGAUAAUUGGAUUCCGUUAUCGCUGCCUCAAGUGCUUCAAUUUCGAUAUGUGCCAAAAGUGCUUCUUCUUCGGACGCAAUGCCAAAAAUCACAAAUUGAGUCAUCCAAUGCACGAGUAUUGUACAACGACCACCUCAACAGAAGACGUUCGCGACUUCACGCGAGCUUUGAAGAAUAAAUUCAAGAGUCGCAAAUAUUUCAAGAAACAUCCACGUGUCGGCUAUUUGCCGGUGCAAAGUGUGCUCGAGGGCGACGCAUUGGAAAGUCCAGCACCCAGUCCACAGCACACCACACAUACACUGCAAAAUGAUAUGCAUUCACGUCUCGAAAUGUACGCAUCCCGUUUGGCACAAGUUGAGUAUUGUACCGGUUCCAAUUCAACGCCCGACAGUGAUGAUGAACAUCAACUAAUCGCCCAGUAUUGUCAAGCAUUGCCCACAAAUAAUGGCAGUGGCCCCAAAUCACCCGUGCAAGUGAUGGCCGCCAUGGAUGCUGAACAGCGGGAAGAGCUCGAAGCGAUUAUACGUGAUUUAGAAGAGGAAAAUGCCAAUUUACAAGCAGAAUAUCAACAACUGUGUACCAAACAGAGCAGCACAACACCCGAUGCCGAUGGUGGCAUGCAACAUUCAACUUCCGCUAUGGGCGGACUAGCAGCUGGUGCUAAUGUCGCUGGCGGUCAGGGCGAACAUGGUCAGGAUAUGAUUGCGGAGGCGAAAUUGCUACGCCAACAUAAGGGUCGCCUUGAGGCUCGCAUGCAAAUACUGGAAGAUCACAAUCGUCAACUGGAGGCACAAUUGCAGCGAUUACGUCAAUUGUUGGACGAGCCGAACAGUGGUGCUGUUAGUGCUGCUGGUUCGGCUUUGAACUCCAAGCCGAAUACAUUGCAAACACGUUCUGUGACCGCAUCACAACUGAAUACCGACUCACCGGCGAAGAUGAAUCAACAGAAUGGUCAUUAUGAGCAAAACACAACCGCUGAAAUAGGACGUGCCGUUGAAGAGCUGGUGACCGUUAUUACCGAAGAGAUGAUCGAGCAAACGCAUAGCGAGGCAAGCGAACGGAACGAGUUGGACGGCGAAGAUGAUGAUAGUGAAAGUGUGGCAACGGCGAUAACUGCUAAAACAAUCAUAAAACCAUUUACAACAACAACGAAUACAAAAACCAACGUAACAACUACCACCAACAACACAACUGCAACGAUAACAAAGUAAACAACAAUUGCUAUGAUUAUAAAUGGAAAACAAAAUGAAAUGAUGAUAUGUGAAGAAGAAGAAGAAAAUGAAUGUGGAGGAGGGAAAGAAAGUGAAAUCCUAACGGUUAAAUACUUAAAAUGACUUUCCUGCUGCUGAGUGAUAAAGGAAAAGCACGAAAAUAUAUUAUAACGAAGCUUAAGCAUCGGAUGAGCGUAAGAAGGAAAGCUGCCAUCAAUAAGAUCAUGUUUGUCUAGAGAAACGAAAGAGAAUUGCAAUUCUCAAAACUUUUGCAAGGCGAAAUAAAAAUAAUCAUUGCAUAUGCAUUAUGCAUGCAGCUAAUACAGUUCAUACAUACAUAUAUACAUAGUAGUGAAUAUUAUUCCUACAUAUACAUAUAUACGAGUAUGCAUCGUUGCAAUACAACAAAUUUACUGAUUUAGAUGAGCAAAGAGAUAAGGCAAAAACUCAAACGAUUCAAUAUUAUUAAAUUAAGUUGCAAACAAAAUAUGAAAAUAAAUAAUUAUCAGCAUAUAUAUGCAUACAUGCAUCUACAAAAUAUCAUGUAAACUUUAUAUAUUAUAUAUAUACAUAUUUAAGCAUAAUGGCUGCAUAGAUAACCCAAAAUAUUGUAGUUUAGCAUAUUUAAGGCAGUUAGCAACAAAAUUACUUAAUACACAUAAACACAUACCUACAUACUUAACUGUACGAGUAUAUGUAUAUUGAAAAGAGAAUUGUUAAGGAGCGCAGAGAUAUUCGAAGAAAAUUCAAUUGUGAUUAAUCAAGUAGUUAAUUAAUUAAAUUGAAUUGUGCAAAGCGACGUGUAGCUGCAGAUUUUUAAGCAAACGAUUGUCGAUAUUUUUCCGAACAAAUUUGCAUGUGUGUAUGUGUUACUUACUACUUAUCAAAUUAAGCAAUGCAAAAGACAUGUAAAACAAAUGUGAAACAGGAAAAUAUUUCCCACAAAGAAGAGCAAAAACUGUAAAGAAGUCAAAAUGGAAAUGCUUUCAGCACAACAAAUGUGUAUAUUUUUUUCACACACUUUUCUUUUGAAAAAAAAAUUCACUGUUAUAUAAUUUUUAGUUCAUUUCUUUAAGAGUAUAAUCAAAUAAAAAAAUCAGCUUAUUAAAUAUUUGAUUUUAAUUAAACUGGAUUGAAAACAUAUCACGUCGUAAAAAGAAUUAAAUAAUUAAAACAAUUUCUAAAAAAAUAGAUUUUAACGGGAAAAAGAAAAAAAAUUAAUAAAAGAAACUGUUUCUUUAAACAACGCUGCAGUAAAAUAUUAAAAAUAAAUGC